CCAUGUGAUCAAAUAUUUUCAAGAUGGCGACGUUCUUAGCAGUUCCGCUAAAACAAACUUACGAAGUUGAUGUUGUAAAACCAUUCCGUAACUUUAUACAGAAUACUUUUUCUACUGCUAAUCCUGAUGACUAUAACACAGCGAUCAGUGAAUUUCAUAAACUGAGAAAUUUAACCAUCACGAAAUCAGUUGACAAACACGAAUCGGCUCUUGAGGUGUUGUACAGGUACUAUGACCAGCUUACAGCAAUUGAAAACAAGCUUCCCGUUGCAGAGAAUCAGAUACGUGUACAGUUCAAGUGGAGAGAUGCUUUUGACAAAGACUCACUGUUCUCGGGCAAGAACACACUAGCGAUAGCAUCUGGGGCAUAUGAGAAAGUAUGUGUGUUGUUCAACAUCGGAGCUUUGAUGUCACAGGUAGCAGAAGUUCAGAAUCAUGAAAGUGACGAGGGCCUCAAAACUUCCGCUAAAUAUUUACAGCAAGCUGCUGGUAUAUUUGGGCAUUUAAAGGACACCUCACUGUCUGUGUGUAGCCAGGAUCCAACUCCUGACCUUGCACCAGACACACUGAAUGCCCUCACAUCUCUCAUGCUAGCCCAGGGUCAGGAGGCUGUGUACAGGAAGGCGGCUACAAGCAUGAAGGAGGCAAGUGUUGUGAAGAUAGCCUAUCAAUGUUCUGAUCUUUAUGCUGAUGCGAUGAAACUGAUGCAGCUUCCCUCCCUGAAAGAACUGUGGCCACGGGAGUGGUUACCAACGGUCGCUAUGAAACAGGCAGCAUUCCAUUCCAUGGCAGAGUUCUAUCAGUCUGUCGUGGCCCAGAAAUCCAAAAGUUACGGAGAACAGAUUGCAAGAUUGAGGCAUGCCAAAGAAUUGAUGGCGGCCGCAGCAACUAGAGGGGGCUUGUCCUUCAAUUUUAAGAAUGAGCAGGGUAAAAUCCAGCGGGAACUCGAUGCUGCCCAGAAAGAUAAUGAUUUUAUAUAUCAUGAUAAAGUACCUGAUGUUAAAACGCUACCUGCUCUAGGGAAGCUAGCAGUGGCCAAGCCUCUGCCAAUACAAGAGAAAUAUUCAACCAGUUUUGUUGACUUGUUUGAGAAGAUAGUGCCAAUACCAGUGUAUGAUUCAUUGAACAUGUUUGAAGGUAGAAAAUCACAGAUCACCAACAUGGAGAUCGGGAGGUUACGAGAACAGACCACACUUAUGAAUGGUGUGUUAGCAUCGCUCAAUCUGCCGGCGGCUCUGGAAGAUGUUGGAGGAGACAAAGUACCUCAGUCAUUGCUUGACAAGGGACAGCAGAUUAAGGAUAUGGGAGGACUCCAGUACCUAGAUAGAUUGACUGCAGACUUGCCAGAACUCCUUGUCAGAAAUAGAGAAAUUCUUGACGAGUGUAUCCGGAUGUUGGAUGAGGAAGAGAAGUCAGACUCCCAGUUGAAAGAACAAUUCAAGGAACGAUGGACAAGAACACCGUCAGCUAAUCUAACAAAACCUAUGCGAGAAGAAAGUGCAAAAUAUAAAAAUAUUCUUGACACAGCCAUUGGAGCUGAUAAAAUUGUACAGGAGAAAUAUAAUGCACAUAAAAAUGCAAUGGCAUUGCUUUCAAAACCUACACAUGAAAUAGAGAAAGCAUUGCCAAGUGCUGGGAAAAGUGGAUCAUUGUCUGGAAAUCCAGUUGUACAAGAUCUAAAGAAAAUGAUGGAAGAAGUCGAGGCAAUCAAAGCUGAACGGGAAGUCAUUGAAAAUGAGCUGAAAGAAUCCAAGUUUGAUAUGGCUGGAAAGUUUAUGGCAGCACUGGCUGCUGAUGGUGUGGUGAACGAGGAGGCAAUAUCUGGCCAGGAGCUGGAUGCGGUGUUUGGUCCACUGAGACAGCAAGUUGUGGACAGUUGUCAGAGACAGGACAUGCUUCUUGCUCGAAUACAGAAUACAAAUACACAGUUCUGUCAAAGUAAAGCAUCCAAUCAGAGUGGAGCACAGAGGGAAACUAUGUUAAAGGACCUGGCAGCAGGGUAUGAUGGUUUUAUGGAACUGAAAGGAAAUCUAGAAGAGGGAACAAAGUUUUACAAUGAUUUGACGCCGCUAUUGGUGCGGCUACAGAACAAGAUAUCAGAUUUCUGUUUUGCACGUAAGACAGAGAAAGAUGAGCUAAUGGCUGACCUGCAGAAGUCAAUAGCACGACAACCUACUGGUCCCCCACCUACCCAACCCCAGUAUCAGCAACCACAAACUACAAAACAGGAGCCCCCUGCAAGGCCACCUCCGCCCAAUUUUUCAUCGGCCCAACCUCAAAACCCCACAUCAGUGCCAUCUAGUACCCCAUACACAGGUGCACCGAGUGCCCCACCACCUGGAACAUCCGGACAACCAGAUGCGCAGAAUUAUGCAGGUAGUACAGGAAGUAGCAGAACCUCUACUACAACAACAACAACAUCAAAUAGAUCUGGAGCUGGUCAAGCGUGGUCUCAGCCAUAUGGACAGCAAGGGUUCUCAAUGCCUGCCAUGCCAUCUGCAGGUUAUAGUUCUUACAACCCUUACAUGGGUGGAUAUCCACAGGCACCAGGCUACCCAGGACCAGGAGCCCCAGGCCAACCACCGUACCCUAGCGCAGGUGGUCAGCCACCAUACCCUAGCGCAGGAGGCCAGCCACCAUACCCAGGACAGGCACCCCCACCCCAAGGAUAUCCCUACCCCCAGCAGCAACAAUAUCCCUACCCACAACAGCAAGGCUACCCACAACAACAAUGGAGAUAAUUAACAUUCAAGAUGAGGAUUUAAUCUAGUGAUUUCAAUGUUUUAACAUAACUGUAAAAAUCUGUAUAUUACAGUAUACUUCAAUCUGCUGGAUAAUUGAUGUGAAAUAUACAUGUAUAUGAUUGACAGCUCCUGCACACUCUACAUGAGUUCUUAUAAAUUAGCAUGAUUACGGUAAUGAGAAGCAAUUAAAGCUUAUUAGAUCGUUAACUACUGCAUGUCUUUGUGAUUGUAUAGUUGUAUCCAGUGUAACAGAAAAAUUUUGAAGUACUGAUGUUAUUUGUUAAUGUACUUUAAAAAACCUGCCAUAAAGUGUGAUACUGAAUGUAGUUGUAAUCUCCAGACCUGCAAAACACGACUGUAAUGCGGAGGAUGUAAAUGCAAUUUCAAGUAAACAAAACAGUUGACAAGAAGUGGUGUGUUGAUAUGGUCAAUGUUUUUACAUCUCGGUCAUAGUUGAAUGUAGGCAUAACGCUGACUUUGCAGUGCAAGUAAUUAAGCUUUCAAGGAGACUGAUUGAAAUGAAAUUUGUUAUUGAAUUUGCUAGAUUUGGCUGUAAUUUUUUCAUGCUUUUUUAUGAAACAGAUUUUUUUCUCACUCAUUGUUUUCUGUUUGUUUCGGUGAAAUGAGUUUUCUGGUUGCUUCUAUAUACAAGUGAAAAAUAGUACCUGUAACCUAUAAACUACAUGGUCUGGUCUUAUUUACUUGACAAAUGCUGGAAGCAAGAUUCAGAAUUUAUAAUUUUGCAUUGACAUUCACAUCAGGGAAAGGUUAAUUGAUGGCGUCUGCUAGAGAACACAGUGAAUUGCAGAAUAUAUAGCUCAAUCUGGAUGAACAGUGAUGUUAAUGAUUUUUUUUUACUAUCAUUUUAACAUAUUUUGAAUAUAGUAGCUAAGUUUAAAGAUACAGAAAUCUUGUGUUUUUAGCUCACCUGUCACAUAGUGACAAGGUGAGCUUUUGUGAUCAUGCAGCGUCCGUCGUCCGUUGUCCGUCCGUGCGUGCGUGCGUCCGUGCGUAAACUUUUGCUUGUGACCACUCUAGAGGUCACAUUUUUUGUGGGAUCUUUAUGAAAGUUGGUAAGAAUGUUCAUCUUGAUGAUAUCUAGGUCAAGUUCAAACUGGGUCACGUGCCAUCAAAAACUAGGUCAGUAGGUCUAAAAAUAGAAAAACCUUGUGACCUCUCUAGAGGCCAUAUAUUUCACAAGAUCUUCAUGCAAAUUGGUCAGAAUGUUCACCUUGAUGAAAUCUAGGUCAAGUUUGAAACUGGGUCACGUGCCUUCAAAAACUAGGUCAGUAGGUCUAAAAAUAGAAAAACCUUGUGACCUCUCUAGGGGCCAUAUAUUUCACAAGAUCUUCAUGAAAAUUGGUCAGAAUGUUCACCUUGAUGAUAUCUAGGUCAAGUUCGAAACUGGGUCACGUGCCAUCAAAAACUAGGUCAGUAGGUCAGAUAAUAGAAAAACCUUGUGACCUCUUUAAAGGCCAUAUUUUUCAUGGGAUCUGUAUGAAAGUUGGUCUGAAUAUUCAUCUUGAUAAUAUCUAGGUCAAGUUCGAAACUGGGUCAUGUGCGGUCAAAAACUAGGUCAGUAGGUCUGAAAAUAGAAAAACCUUGUGACCUCUCUAGAGGCCAUAUAUUUCAUGAGAUCUUCAUGGAAAUUCGUCAGAAUGUUCACCUUGAUGAUAUCUAGGUCAAGAUCGAAAGUGGGUCACGUGCCAUCAAAAACUAGGUCAGUAGGUCAAAUAAUAGAAAAACCUUGUGACCUCUCUAGAGGCCAUAUUUUUCAUGGGAUCUGUAUGAAAAUUGGUCAGAAUGUUCAUCUUGAUGAUAUAUAGGUCAAGUUCGAAAGUGGGUCACGUGCCAUCAAAAACUAGGUCAGUAGGUCAAAUAAUAGAAAAACCUUGUGACCUCUCUAAAGGCCAUAUUUUUCAUGGGAUCUGUAUGAAAAUUGGCCUGAAUGUUCAUGUUGAUGAUAUCUAGGUCAGUUUUAAAACAGGGUCAUGUGCGGUCAAAAACUAGGUCAGUAGGUCUAAAAAUAGAGAAACCUUGUGACCUCUCUAGAGGCCAUAUUUUUCAUGGGAUCUGUAUGAAAAUUGGUCAGAAUGUUCAUCUUGAUGAUAUCUAGGUCAAGUUCGAAAGUGGGUCACGUGCCAUCAAAAACUAGGUCAGUAGGUCAAAUAAUAGAAAAACCUUGUGACCUCUCUAAAGGCCAUAUUUUUCAUGGGAUCUGUAUGAAAAUUGGCCUGAAUGUUCAUGUUGAUGAUAUCUAGGUCAGUUUUAAAACAGGGUCAUGUGCGGUCAAAAACUAGGUCAGUAGGUCUAAAAAUAGAGAAACCUUGUGACCUCUCUAGAGGCCAUACUUAUGAAUGGAUCUCCAUAAAAAUUGGUCAGAAUGUUCAUCUUGAUGAUAUCUAGGUCAACUUCAAAGUGGGUCACGUGCCAUCAAAAAGUAGGUCAGUAGGUCAAAUGAUGAAAAAACGUUGUGACCUCUCUAGAGGCCAUAUUUUUCAAUGGAUCUUCAUGAAAAUUGAUCUGAAUGUUCACCUUGAUGAUAUCUAGGUCAGUUUCGAAACUGGGUCACGUGCGGUCAAAAACUAGGCCAGUAAAUAUAAAAAUAGAAAAACCUUGUGACCUCUCUAGAGGCCAUAUUUUUCAUGAGAUCUUCAUGAAAAUUAGUGAGAAUGUUCACCUUGAUGAUAUCUAGAUAAAGUUCAAACAGGGUCACGUACCUUUGAAAACUAGGUCAAUAGGUCAAAUAAUAGAAAACCCUUGUGACCUCUAGAGACCAUAUUUUUCAAUGGAUCUUCAUAAAAGUUGGUCAGAAUUUUUAUCUUGAUAAUAUCUAGGUCAAGUUCAAAACUGGGUCACAUAACCUCAAGAACUAGGUCACUAUGUCAAAUAAUAGAAAAAACGACGUCAUACUCAAAACUGGGUCAUGUGGGAAGAGGUGAGCGAUUCAGGACCAUCAUGGUCCUCUUGUAUGUUUAUACAUAAAUGUACUUAAAAAAAUUAAAACUCUGCAUAAAAUAACUUGAAGUCAGUUUGUUUACAAUAUGAAAAACCUGGAAUUUGUUUUUGAUUUAAAUGUACUGGUACGUUAAAAUGGAAGUGACAAUCAAACUGUUGGUCCUCAAAGAAUUAUCAAAAUUAGGAAGAUGAACAUGUUGGGUUUUGUUUUGUUUUUUUUUUGUCCGAAUGAUGUCAUUUGUUACUUCUAUAUGUCAUAAAGCUGGAAGAAAUAGAGUAGAAUUUUAAGGCAGAAAAAAAUUUAUGAGAGUGUGUUUUUCGAUUUUGAUGUUUGCUGUCAUUUUUCAUAAUUGUGAAUAUUACUGAAGGAGACUACAGGACUUUAUGUGUAAUGUAUAGGGAUGGUGUUUUUACGUCUUAUUGUAAUUCUUGUAUUUAGGGAGUAAUAUUUAUAUAAAACUGUGAUAGUCUUUCAAACUUUAUUCCAGAAUAUUCUCAGUGUUCCUCCUAUAAACAAUUAUAUAUUAGUGAUUUUUUUCUCUUCACUUUCGUUACUUUGUCCUCUGCUGUUCAUUUAUUCAGUGCCAAGUGAAUGAUUUCCUAAAAAAUAGAACGUGGGUUAUUUGCAUCUGUAAGAAAACAGUUAUUUCAUAGUUCAUUAGUCGUACCUGAUUGAUAAUACAAAUUCAUCAUUGGUCAUUUUCUGUAGGAAAUGUGGGAGACAUGAUUUUAAGCCAUGCAAGAGGAAUGACAAAACUAGCAUAACUAUGGUUUGUAAGGGGAUUGGAAAAGGAUUGGCCAUAGUGUGUAUUGCAAUUUUGGAUGUGUCCUUUUUGGUGAUUAUUACAACUUUGUAUUAUUGUGUAAGAUUUGGACCAAAGGUUUUUUGAGAUGGAAUAUUUAGGUGUUAUGUCAACUAUUCAGUUACAAUUGAGGGAUAAUCAACACAGGGACUAGCUACACAAUAAGUGUUUGAGAAACCAGCUUGUCAUAUGCAAUCUUUGUACCAAUUGCGAGACUUAAACAAAUUUAAUUGAGGUAUUACACCUUCAAAGUUGUGUCAAUGUUUCAAACUAAAAGAAGAAUAUUUUUAAAUAUGAAGUAAAAAUGAAGUGAAUUUGUUAUUUAUUUCUUUGCAGUAUUUACUGAAAAAAAUCUAUCGUGUUACUAACACAUUAAAAUUUGAUGUAAAAUAAAAGAGUUCAGGUUUUAUUGUAUUGCAUGCUUAUGAGAAAUCAAUGUAAAUAUUGGUUUAGAUCUAAUUUUGACACUUAAUAGACAUAAUGACAUGCUUUAAGAAACUGAAAUUGUGAUGUACAUUGAAGCUAUGCCUGAUUAAUAAAACAAAACGUGCAUCUUGACUGCAAAAUCUUGCUGAUCUGUUACUGUAUAUUCUUGAACUAGAUCUAUACCUUUAUAGUCAUCAGAACAGGUUUUAGUUUUAUUUCUUACUUCAGUGAAGAACAUGUUCAUUUUAUAUGAUUGUAUGACACUCCAAGUUAUCAAUAUCUAAUUCUUUAAUUCAUUACUUCAUUACAUCAUCCAGAAUGCUUCAUUAAUUGAUUUAAGUGUGUGUAACAGUGAUUACUUCCCCUUAAUAGGUAAAAGUAAAUUGCUUUCAUUCUUGUUUUAAAGAAUGUAUUCUUAAUUCUAUGUUAAAAUAGUUUUGUAAUUUUUGCAACAAGUUUAGUUUUGUUUGUUUACCAGAAAGUCUGUUUUAUUGUAUUAUCUUCUGUUAUAAAUAGUGCAAUUUCUAGUUAAGUUCUUUUUGAAAGAAAAAACUGCAGCUAUAUACAAAAUUUUGUCAUCUUGUAAUAUUAUUGACCUUUAGCCUGCUGGCGGCAAGUGAUUCUGCCUGUGUGACCAGUGCAGACCAAGAUCAGCCUGCACAUCGUGCAGUCUGAUCUUGGUAUGCACUGUUCGCUAUUCAGUUAGUAAAUUUUUCAGUGAACACCCCUUCAAAUAUUAAAUGGUACUGCCUGUAUUGAAUGAUGGACCAGUCCAUUUUCGAAAUUUAGCAGGGUAAAGGUUAAGGCUAAAAGCUGUAUGAUAUCAAUUUUUGAAAUUAAAAUUAUGUCUUUAAACUCUAAUUGCCUCCUUCUGCUGAUGAUUUUUUUAAACAUUUGAGCCGUGCCAUGAGAAAACCAACAUAGUGGGUUUGCGACCAGCAUGGAUCCAGACCAGCCUGCGCAUCCGCGCAGUCUGGUCAGGAUCCGUGCUGUUCGCUAACAGUUGCUCUAAUUGCAAUAGGAUCUGAAAGCGAACAGCAUGGAUCCUGACCAGACUGCGCGGAUGCGCAGGCUGGUCUGGAUCCAUGCUGGUCGCAUACCCACUAUGUUGGUUUUCUCAUGGCACGGCUCAUUUAAGUAAGUUCAGUGAAAUACAUGGUCCAGUUAUGUUGUAUGAAAUGCUUCAUUAGUAGUUAUAUUUUUGUAUGCUAGUGUUCAGAAAAUUUGAAGUAAUCGUUAUUUUUCCUCAUUUUUUACCAUUUCUUUCCUUCACAGUGUAAGUUUUUAUUUAGUUAUAUUACAUUAUUAAAUUGUUUCAGUUUUCAUACCCAUUGAAGAUGAUGAAUGUAAAUUCAUUGGAUAUUUGUCAUUUUAAUUUCUGUUGUAUUUGAAACAUAAGGAAAUAGAAUGAUGUGUCUGAGGGUUUUUUUUCUUUCAUUUCUUAAGUGUUAAGUUUCAAAUAUUGCAUGAGAUAAUGAUUAAAUUGUUUAUAAGGCAUUGAUUUGUUGAUUAAGAUCACAUUAUUUCUUUAAACUAACAGAAUUUUCUAUACCAGAAUCAGAUGAUGUUAUUUCUGAAAUUAACUUUUUUUUUUUACCUCGUGUUUUUAUUUCGAUGUAAAUGAGAUGUGGAACCAAAAUUUGUAGUCCUGUUUGGCGCCAUAUAACCUAUACUGUGUUGGUGCGCCGUAAAACCCAAAUAAAUAAAUAACUUUUGUUUUUCAUACCUAAAUUACUAGUACUUUUUGAAUCACUAAACUUCUUUUACAUUUUGUAAUACAUUGAAAACUUUGCCCAUUGCCUAAAGCAAGUUACAUUGAAGUAGAGGAAAAUAUACAUCUGCAAACAAACCUGUAUUAAGCGGCCAGUCCAAGAAGUGACAUAAUUUGGCUGCUUAAGACAGGUAGCUGUUAAAGACAUGUAGAAAUAAAAGAAAAUGUCAGUUUUGGGAAAUAAGCUUACUGGCUGCUUGAAAGAAAAUGGCUGUUUAGUUCAUUUGGCUGCUAAGAAAUUUCAAGAAUGACAAACAGUAAGUCUUUAUUAUUUUAACCCUUAGCCUGCUGCAGGCGAAUUUAACAGCCUUUGCAAACAGCUUGGAAUCGGCGUCUGAUCAGGUUCCAAGCUGUUUGCUACUCUGACAAUAUUUUUUCCAAUUUUGGAGCAAAUUGAAUGAACUUUACAAUUUUAGCAGACGACAUUUCCAGCAGACGACAAUUUAUCUAGCAUGCUAAAGGUUAAUUGUAACUGUAUAUAGAUAGAGAACAAGAUACAAUAGUUUCGCGCUCAUCCCACAAACUGUACCAAGUAAAUUUAUACUGAUCUUACUUGCAAAAUAAAUGCAUAAAUCUAGUAUGUUUAUUGUGUAUCUAUUUUUUUUCUUCUCAUUUUUAUUGUAGACUUCUGUUUUGUGUCAAUUUUGCAAUAUAAAUAAAAUCGUUAAAACUC